AUGAGCUCAUCUCAAACGUCAGUGAUGAGUGAGAGUGGCAAAGAGGGUACUGACUACAUUCAAGCUAAUACUUAUAUAACAUUGCUGAAAAAUGGAUUCGUAAAUUGUGAUGCACCGCUUGAUUUUAACAACAAAACUUCAUUAAUUAAUUAUCUUAUGAGCAUGUCAAACAGAGCAAUAAACAACUACAAACUAUUUGAGACUCUGCCCAAUAAAAAAAAUAUGGAAAUACUGAAUCUAAUUCAUCGCGACAUGUUGGAAAAACUUAAUGAAUUAGACCAAAUCUCGAGCCACUCCGAGUACCACAAGACCAACGUCAGUGAAUGGAUGGCUGUGAUGCACUUCUUGGGCGCUUAUGGAUUCAAAGAAAUCGGUGACAAAUACACUCUUUACUCGACAUUUUCACUGGAAACAAGACUUGCGCAUUUGCAUGACAGUAUUUUGCAAUCGAUCGACACAAUCAAAGUAAUUGGAAGCCCCAAAUCUUUUCACAGUGUCGAGAAUUUUUGUACUAUCGCCCUCCGAAUUACCAAUUCGUUUCUGGACCAUAUAGAUGAAAACUCGAUUACUAAUUUGUAUAGUAAGACAAUUGACAACAUCAGCACUGAGAUUAAUUCACUUACUUCUAUCAAGAGAAAAAUAAAACCAGAUUAUUGUGGCGAAACAAUAUCAUUUCAAAAAGCAUUAUAUGAAUACUAUCGACAAAUGAUUAAAAUCAAAAUCCAGCAGACAAUUAUCAACUUUUUCUACAGAGUUUUGAAUAUGCGCUGUAAUAACAUUCGAGUCGAAAAUCUGUCACUUUUCGGGAGAAAAGUUCCAAAAUCGAUUCGACAGAUGAUUCAAAAGACAUCAAAGAUAAUGAACAACAUCAAUUACUACAUUUACAAUUGCGAUGGACCGGUUGACACCCAAAGUAACGAGACUUCGAACCUUGAACUGAAGAGGAUCAUGGAAACGAAGAUAAUCCUCGAAGAACACUUGAGCAAAACUCAAUUAUGUGAUCACAACUGCGACCUGGAAGUAAUCGACCAAAAUAUCAAUCAGACACACUGCGAAGAAUUUCGUGACUGCCGGCAUAUUUCUACUCACACUAACUCUUGUAAACCUGGGUCUGGAAAGAGUGAUCUUUGUGAUGAAAACCAGCAUUCAUGUGGUUACUGUAUUUGCACUUGCAUGAUAAACUCUCAAAACUCAACACAUAUUACCACUGCCAUAAACUUCAGGGAACAAGUGUCAGAUAUCUUCAACAACAAAGUGGUGGCAGGUGUAAAGUUUUCGGAGUCAAAUAACAUGAUGCAUAUCAACAUCUUGGAAAGUAAGCUUCACCCCGGAAUGAAUAAUCUCUUCUACGGUGUAAAAAUAGUAUCUGAGACCAUAGAAUACAAUGAAGAAGCACAAAACUACCAUAUCGUAAACGAAAACGGAACUGUGACUACUCUUAUCCCAGGAGUUGACUACGGCCACCCAGAAACCAUGUUUCUGGAUGAUGUAAUCGCUCCUUAUGGCCACGUAAUUACUGGUGCAAAAUUCAGGAUAGCUGGAGACAUUAAGGAACCACCAGUGACAACUGGACCCAUUCAGCUGCAAAUUCGGGUCACUCCUUUCGACUUCAGGAAAAAUAAGCUUGUCAAUCUUGGUAAGACACGAUGGAUAACUGCAAACUCCGCGAACCCAAGAGAGGAAAUGCUGCUAGAAGAACCCGAUAACCCUACAAAGUCGCUGAAAAACCUCCCAGAUUCAGCUCCCAAUCAAUUCAUCAGAUUUCGUCGUACUGAUUUUCGUAAAGACGCCGGGCGGUCAAUAGUCCCUUUCUUCGAUGGUCAGAUGAUAGGUCGCAAUGAGCCGCCUCCACUCGGAGGAAUUGGGAUCUAUCAUCGAGGCUGCAAAGGCAUGAUUUCUGCUAACAAACAGUUGAGUAUAAGAAACAUCAGUUCAAUAUUCAAUUAUCUCAAACAAAUCGAAUCUACGGCAUUGAAUGACUACAAAUUCGAUUCAUCAUUGAGCGAUGAAAAGAACGAAAAACUGUUGGACAAAAUUAAUACCGAUAAGGUAAAAGUAUUUACCCAAUUGAAAUCCAUGUCGUCAGAGUUUGAUGAAACCUACGAUGAGUCUGAAUGGGCUGACAUCAUUGCAAUGAUAGGAAUCAACGGUUUCAAAUUAAAACCAGACUAUAUGGUUCCCUACUUUUUUUCCGUAGGAAACGAUAUAGAUAAUUUAUUGAAGAAGAUUGAUUCAUCCAUGGUAUUUUUCAAACCAAUUGGACGGAUGAGUUUGUACAAUGGUAGCGUUAGUAACUUUUGCACAUAUACGUUACCAACGCUUGAUACUUUCUUUGAGACGCUACGUCACGAAAGUUUGGCUAAGUUGUAUAUAAAAUUCAUCGGACGAAUGGUUAAGACCGAAAUGGUUUCAAUUUUUACAGAGCAGAUUGAGAACCAAAUAAAUUUGUGUGGGAAGUUGAUGUCCUUUAACAGAGCACUAUGGAGUUACUAUCAUAUAAUGAUGAUGGGACACAUAAAAUACUGUGUUUUGAUGUACUACAAGUGGGCAAUGGAUGUAAGAUGUGCGAAUGAACCUAUUGUAUACGAUAUAAAGUGGUUAGACUUAGCAACCGAACAAGCGCAGAAAAUGAUGAAUGAAACAAAAAGAGCUCUUAAAAACGUCAACUACUAUGUCCAUAAUUGUGAUCCAACUUUUGAAGAACUAGAAUAUGGUGACACCGAAAUUGAAUUGAAGAGGAUGAUUCAAGCGGUUCUGAUGGAUGAAAGCGGCCUUAGUACAACACAAUCUUGCGGCCAUCGUUGCAAUUUGGAAUUGAUUGGCAAUACGGUUAAUAACACAGAGUGUCAGGAACUCCGUGAUUGUCAGUACAUUGAUCAUGAUGUUGAAAUCUGUCCGUUGGAAAAAAAGUCUCGACGCUACAGUUGGUUCCGGGACAGCGCAGGAAAUGUUUAUGGUCACAACAAAACCUGUGAAAACCUGAAACUGCUAACUAGUAAAUCUAAACGCAACGACCAGGAAUUAUGUGGUUACUGUCUUUGUACUUGUGUGACGAGACCGUCAAAAUCGGUUAUAACCAGCGUCCAGUUCACAGAACAAGACUAUAUGAUCCACAUCCAAACAAUGGAAGCUCAAUUUUCUCAAAGCAGUCAAAUGGGGGAUGAUCGAUGGAAACCCCUGGAGAAUUUCGAUUACGAUGAAGCAACAGAACAAUACUAUAUAAUUAACAGAAACGGAACGCAUAUUCCUCUUUUAUUGGGCGUCGAUUACGCACGUCCAGAAAUUAUGGACUUAGAUAACGUGAUGGCACCUCGCGGUUACGUGGUCACCGGGGUGAGGUUCCGAUUUGCAGGAGAUUCACUCGAGAAGCCAAAGUUAAAAACUGGCCCGAUACAGUUGCAAAUCCGUGUUACGCCUUUUGACUUUAUCCGAGGUAAGCUUAUUAAUCUCGACAAAACACAUUGGAUUGGACCCCAAUCUUCAAUUCAAAGACGUGAAAUGAAGUUAGAGAAUCCAAAUAGGCCAACGAGAUGUCGGAAGAAUAAUCCAGACUCAAUUUCUAACCAAUUUAUCGAAUUUCGCGCUUCGGAUUUACGCAAAGACGCUGGACAAUCAACAGUUCCCUUCUUUGAUCGACAGAUUGUGAGUUUUUAUGAUACGUCGCCAUUUGGAGGGCUUGGAAUUUAUCACCGUGGGUCCAAAAAAUGUGGCGGUUACUUGGCUUUUCGAGCUUUUGAUUUUGAACUUUCUAAAUUUCUAUAUAAGAAACUUACUAACACCCAAAUUUUGUGCAUUAGUAAUUCAUUGUUCAAAGAUGCCAAAUAUUUAUAUGCUGAAUAUGAAAUCAUAAAUUCUGAGUGUGGCUUUUGCCUUUGUACAUGCGUGUCAAAACCUUCGAAGACAGGGAACGUUAUUGCGGCUUUCAGUUUUCGGGAACAAGUAUCAGACAUCCUCAAUAACAAAGUGAUCACUGCUCUUCAGUUUAUUGAAAAAAACAACAUGAUCCACAUUCAAGUAAUGGAAAGCGAGCUGAUGCCUUCGGGAGAAACUGAUCUAGCUCCUUGGAAACCUCUCGAAAACUUUAUCUACAAUGAGAAAACUGAGAUGUACUAUGUUGUCCAUGAUCAAUCCAUAGUAACUUUGGUACCGGGAGUUGACUAUGGCCAUCCAGAAAUAAUGAACCUAGAUGAUGUGAUUGCUCCACCAGGUCACCUAAUCACCGGUGUGAAAUGGGGAUUCGCCGGGGAUUCACUCGAGAAACCACAGAUGAAAACUGGUCCAAUGCAGAUGCAAGUUCGUGUCACUCCGUUUGAUUUUGAUCAAGGAAAGCUUAUUGACCUUAACAAAACACAUUGGAUAACUCCUAAUUCUGAAAAUCCGAGGACAGAAAUGGUGCUGGAGCGAUCAGACAAUCCAUCGGAGGCAUCUAACAACCCCCCUGACUCCAAAACGAAUCAAUUCAUCAAAUUUCGGACUACUGAUUGGUGCAAGGAUUUUGGAGCAAGAACAGUUCCAUUCUUCAAUGGACAGACUGUGAGGUUCCUUCCGAUGACUGCUCUUGGAGGCGUCGGGAUUUUCCACAAAGGAAUAACAGGAUAUGGAGGAUAUCUUGCAUUAAGAGUUUUUGAUUUGAAUUUUUCUAAAUUUAUGAAUUCGGAACUUAUUUGA